AUGUCACUUCUACAGUCCCUACUGCAUCUCACCAACUUCAAGAGUCCCUUGUUGCGGACCUUGGUUCCAGCUGUCUCUGCGGCCUAUGCCAUCCAGGCGGCUUUCGCUUUGCCGUCGAUCUUCGCCCAGAAUGAACGCUUCUACGACUUCUCUGGCUCGCUGACUUACCUUUCCGUCACCGCUUUAAGCCUGUAUCUGCCCGCCCUGCGUGCAAAGUACACGCCAACCGUUGCCAAUGCCUCGACAUCAUUGCCCAGCCUCCUUGCGCCCUUCACCAGCCCUGGAGGCAUGGGAGCUCUGAACUGGAGACAGGUUGUCCUCAGUGGUGCCGUCAUCUUCUGGGCCGUUAGAUUGGGGUCGUACCUCUUCCAGCGCAUCUUAGAAGAAGGCAAAGACUCCCGCUUCGAUGAGAUCAAAAAAUCCCCGGCCAGAUUUGCCGGCGCCUUCUUCGCCCAAGCCACCUGGGUAUCGCUCUGCCUCAUGCCCGUCAUCGCUCUGAACGCUGUUCCGGCCUCCGCAUUCGCCGCUCUGCCGGCCUUCAAGGCCUCUGACGCCCUUGGCCUGCUCGUUUAUGUCGCUGGGUUUGCCUUUGAGAUUACGGCUGACCGGCAGAAGAGCAGAUGGCUUCGGGAGAGACGUGAAAAGGCCCACGAUGAGCAGUUCAUGACUAGCGGUCUAUGGAGUGUUAGUCAAUACCCCAACUACUUCGGCGAGAUCUCUCUCUGGACCGGCAUCGCCACCGCGGCGGCCGGCACCCUCGUCUCGCAGCCGAUCCAGGUGGCUCUCGGUCUAUCGGGCGGCGUCACUGGACCGCUUACCGUGAUGGCCCUGUCCUACGUGAGCCCGGCAUUUGUCAGUUUCCUCUUGCUCAAGGUCUCCGGAGUACCUCUGAGCGAGAAGAAGUACGACAAGCGCUACGGCGACCGCAAGGAUUACCAGGAAUGGAAGAAGAAUACCCCAAAGCUGUUUCCCAAGAUCUUUUGA